AACCAAACGCCAAUGACAUCUCAUGAACAAUGUCAGGCAAGCGAGUAGGCAAUCUUCAAAAUAAAUGUAAAUUGAAUAUUACACAAGUAAUUUGACAAAAAUAAAUAAUAAAAUAUAAAUUUAAACAAACUUGUGAUAUCUUAGAACGCAUUCAGAUAUCCAUGUACAUUAUGGACUUCACAAAAGUUUGUCGAAUCUGCCUUGAAUCUCACAAACAAAAAUACGAUAUUUUUACCUAUUAUUAUGUUAAAAAACAAGCCUUAUAUUCAGAUAUGUUAUCUAGUUGUACAAAACUAAAGCCAUCCCUUGGUGAUGGACUUCCAAGAAGCAUUUGUAAGGAAUGUUGCCGAGUACUGAAAAAAGUAUACGCCUUCAAUGUCCAAUGUGAAGAGAGUGAGAAAAAACUACGAUCUUUCCUUGAAAACAAACAGCAAGAAACAGCUACAACUAUUGAAGUAGAAGAUUCCAAAGUGAAAGAUGAAACUGAUGAAAAAAUUUGCAUUGACAUCCCUGCAGAUGGAAACUACCAGAAUGUUGACAAUCAGAAAUUUGACCAAAUAGUAGAAGAUCAGAGAUUCCUUGACUCUAUACUAGAAACAGAUCAUAAAGAUUUCAGGGAUGUUAAACUUGAACCAGGUUACAUUGAUGAAGAUGACAGCUGCUGGGAUGCAGAAGAUGACAAUCUAUUGCAUGAUAUUAAAUUACAGAAGAAUUCUGAAGGUACAUAUGAUGAUGAGAGGGCAGAGGAUGACAUCAAGCCCAAAAAGAAAAGGGGACGAAAGAAAAGAGUAUUGAUGGAGGGUGAAGUACCUCCACUGCCAGAGAGCAAGCUGCCUCAUCAAUGUGAUAUUUGCGGCAAGUUUCUCAGUACCAAGAGCAAUUUGAAAGCACACAAGAUUUGCCACACGGACCUUCGGCCUUACAAGUGCGCCGACUGUCCUGCUUCUUUUAGAGGACACAGCGCCCUCUUCCAGCAUAAGAAGGUACAUACCGGAGAGACUCCGUACCACUGUGAAUACUGUCCCAAACAGUUUAGUCGUCGCACUGGACUCGUCAACCACAUUAGGAUGCAUACAGGUGAGAAACUGUACAGUUGCGACAUUUGCUUCAAGACAUUUGUGCAGAGCGCUCAGCUCUCCAUACACAUGAAGCGACAUAAAGGUGACAAACCAUUCCUCUGCCAGGAUUGUGGAAAAGGAUUCCCCAUAAAAGCAGACCUGAAGGUCCACCAACGGAUUCACAACGGGGAGAAGCCGUACUCCUGUCACCUGUGUACGAAGACCUUCGCGACCUCAGGCAAUCUCAACAUACAUGUUCGGAUACACAAUAAGGAAAUCAGGUAUAAAUGUAAGGAGUGCCAGCGAGGCUUCGUGACGUGCAGCGCUUACAACGUGCAUCUGAAGAGACACAAGGGCCAGAGGGACUACCACUGCGAAUGUGGCAAGACCUUCUACACUUCCUCCGCCCUCAAACAACACAAGGUCGUGCAUACAGGCGAAAAGAAAUACCAAUGCAAGAUAUGCGACCGUAAGUUUACACAGACUAGCCAUCUAAGCCGGCAUUUUAAGCGCGACCACGCGAAGCCCAAUGCCCCCGUGCCUUCCUCAGACCACUACAAGAUCGUCCUACAAGACGGCGGUUAUAAGGACAUUUUCGGAAUGGUGGAGGUCCAGAAAAUUACAAAUGUGCAAAAUGUGAUCUCUGGUGUAAAGUGUGAAGGCUCUUAGUUUGCAGUUGUUGAGGUUAGUGCCUACAAUACGUAGAAUCUGGUGAGUUCCAUUGGAUGAAGUUGCUACCUAAGUAUUUGUAUUCAUAAUCUAUGGAUAAUGAAAUCGAUAUUGGUUUAAAAAUCUUACGUUAUAUUAUUACUGUCGUAACCUCUACGUUCGGCCUAUAUUGAGUUUGUUAAUAAUACAAUGAUAAUAAUAACGCCUGAAUACGUUUUAUUUUUAUUGUAAAAUGCAUGCAGUAAUAAUAAUGUAGCCGAUACAAAUACCUUGUUAACGGUUGUGCUAGAAAGUGAACAUUAAAACAAAAUGCAGCAAUUCAGCAAUUGAUUUCUUUUUAUAUAAAUAGAUAAAAUCCAGGCGAAGUCACAAACGAAACAAGAACUUUUCUAAAAUGACCUCAUGUCGCGAUGUCAAAACAUCGCGUAUGAUAAAAUGGCGGGAGAAUUCUUACAAAAAUGGCGCCAACUCAUCAUUUGACAUUUUUCAAUAGUUGUGUUGUGUAGAUUUGUUAUGAAACUUGAUGUGUUUACAACAUACAAUAGUCGAUAACUGAGGGACUUUCCAGGCUACAUAUCAUAAUCAUACAUUAUUCAAAAAUAUAUAAUGUAAUGGCAGAAGCAUGGAGAACGUUUCCUUGUAUACAACACAGUCGUUCACAUGACGAAAAUUUCCUUUUUAUUUUAACAUGCAAAUAACAUGCUGUCGCAGAAAACCCCGCACUAGUCAAAGUGCACUUUUAGUGAAAUUGUAAAUAGAUCUGAUAUUUAUUUUCAUAAGAUUCAAAUUGUAUCUAAAUUAUUAAAUGUAUCCUAAUUGUUAUACUGUCUUUUAGCGCUAAAAUAUACAAAGUGUUACUGAUACCGUACCGAAUACUGAGGGGGAUGAUUCAGUUCAGGAUUCUAAUCCAGUGGAGGUUUCCAACGCAAAGGAUGGAUUUGAAAAUAAUUUAAAAAAAACAUAAAUUUUGCGACAGAAAUGUCCACUUGAUAAGGAAAUUUUGACACAGAAUCAUGAGCUGAAUCAUCCCCGCAGUAUUCGGUACAGUGUCACCAACACCCUGUAGAUAAAUCGGAGACUAGCGAAAUCGGAGAAUAUGACUAAAUUGUUAAACGACUAUAACUGUUUAUAUACAUAUUAUUUUGUAUUAAAAAAAUAGAAUAAGGUAUCAACGAGGUGUGACCCAGGCCUCGUUCCUUAAUAAAAUUAUAGAUGCUGCUAUUGAAAAUCUUCUUCGUAUAACCUUUAUGGAUUUAAGCCAAAAAAAAAAUAAAAAAUAAUAAUGACCCUUAUUAUUACACCCAGGUACAACACAUUUUCCAACCAUUAUUAUUCUGUUCAAAAUAAAGAGAAAUUAUAUUUUUACCCGACUGCGGCGAAGCAGGUAAAUAUCGCGUAGGUUUCGAUAGCACCAUUUAUAUUUUUUGGGUAUGUGGCGUGGAUCAUUAUAGUAAAUUAGUAUGUACUAUAAAAACUUGCUAUGUAAGAUUAUUUAUUUAUUUCUAAGUUACCAAAUUGUGUCGAGUUUUUAACAUUUUAAUUCAUAGGUUUAUAUUUGUGUAGAAAUUCACAAAAUAAAAUAAAUAUUUUUUCAAUGUAA